AUGGGGCCGAUCCCGACGCUUCCGCGAUCUCAACACCCUCUCGCGCCAUCAUCAUGGCGCCGGCGGACGCCGUUGCGCGUCGGCUUCCUCUUCGCGCUCGUGAUGUGCGGCGCAGUCGCCGUGCGCGUCACGAAGACGACGACGUUCCCGUUCGGCGAAGCGGUCGCGAUCGUUCGGGAACAUCGGACGGCGGCGACGACGACGCGCGUCGCGGCGUCGCGCGAGGGCGACGACGACGAAUCGCGACGAACCGCAACCGUCGCGCGACGCGCGUCCGUCGACGACGACGCCGACGACGACGCCCGCGCGCCGCCGCCGCCGCCGUCGUCGUCGCCGUCUUCGUCCGGCGAAGACUGGCUCGACGCCGCGAGAGACGGCCUGGUCCUCUCCCCGACCGCGUUCGCCGACGCGAUCGUCGCGUCGCCGAGCUCGUACCUCGUCCUCGAGCCCUCGCACGGGCUAUCGAACAGGCUUCGCGCGAUUGCGGCGGGCGCGCGGUUGGCUCGAGAGACGAAUCGAACGCUGAUCGUCGCGUCCUAUCCCGUCGGCGUCUUCAACGCGACGCUCUCGUCGCUGUUCACGACGUCGUUCCUCCGCGCGAUGCAGGGGGGCGCCGACGGGGGGCUGGGGGCGAAGCUUCUCGAGCGUUCGCCUCGCGCGGUGGGACUCGCCUUCGUCGACGCGAACCAAAUCGGCGGGUUAGAAAAAGCCGCCGCCGCGCUGUCGCUCGAUCCCGCGAACGCGAACGCGUGGACGCGCGCGGUGUACGUCAGGUCGGGGUUUGGCGUGCUGCUGAACACGAAGGAGGAGGAGGACGCGCUCCGCGACGGCGCGUUUUACGCGACGUUGGAGCCGUCGCCGGAGGUGGAGAGAUUGACGCGGGACCCGUCGCUCGGCGAUCGCGCGUUGUCCGCGAUGUCGGACGACGAGCUCGUGUCCGCGCACAUCCGCGGAGGGUUGGACUCGAAGCUUCCGAAGGCGAGUCUGGUGCCCGCGAGCGCGUCCCUCGCGAACGUCCCGGAGGAGAGCUUGGAGGCGGUCGUGUCGAAGUACUGCUGCGACUAUAUGCGGAAGAGAUGCACGCCGGAGACGUUCGCGAACGCGCUGAUGAAGAAGGCGAGCGCGCGCGUGGAAAAGAAAAAUGGAAGCGACGAGGGCGACGAGCGGAGAAACGCGACGACGACGACGACGACGAAGACGACGACCGUCUUCAUCGCCGCGGACGACGCGGACUUCGUCGCAAACAUCAACGCGCGCCUCUCCCCAAGGGAAUCGUAUCGCGUCGUGUCGUUGCGUCGACCGCCGAGCUGCGACUUUGGUUACGGCCCGGCGAGAGACGAGACGUGCAUGCGAUACGCCGUCGCGGACAUGUUUUUGCUCGCGAGAAAUCCCGGCCCGCUGAUAAAGAGCACGGGGUCUUCGUUCUCGGAUGUCGCGAUUUAUUACCGCAGAGCGCGAGGGCGCGCGAGGGACGACGCGGAGGACGGCGCGGACGCGGCGGGUCCGGGACGCGUGUCCGAAGGGUGCGCGGGAGAAAAAACGCGCGUCGCGCCGAAAUCGAAAAAAGUCGGGAAAAAAAAAACCUGGAAAGGGCUACACGUAGGUAGGCCUCGUAAGCCUAAGGUACAUAGUCUAGUAGAUACGUAGCGGUAGCACCUUCGAAGCGAUGAGGUAGCAUGUGUGU